CAGAAGAAACAAAAGAAGGAGAUGAGCGAUUCCAACGAAGAGACAUGCAACGACGAUUCAAAGCAGCCGGUACUUAUCGUGGACAUGCUUAGAUCGAUCUUGGAGCGCUUAAGCUUUGUUGAUUUUCAUCGAGCCAGAUGCAUUUCUUCAGAAUGGUAUUCAGCUUCGGAAUCAUGCAUCAGAGUAAAAAAUCCAACAACUCCAUGGAUCAUCCUUUUUCCAAGCGAACAUGUGGAAAACAAGAAUGAUUCAUGUAAGUUGUACAAUCCUCGUGACCAUAGUUCCUACAUAGUAAGAGAUCUCGGGUUUGAUUUAGCUAGGAGUCGUUGUUUGGCGAGUUCUUGUAGUUGGUUCCUUAUGUUAGACCGUAGUAGAAUCGAUUUUCAUCUUUUGAAUCCGUUUACUCGACUGAGGAUUCCUCUUCCGUCUCUAGAAUCAAUCGGUGACGGAAAUAUUUUCAGAAGGGUUUCUGAUGGCAGUAUUAAUUAUAUAGACAAAGCGGUUUUGUGGGUAGAUGAAAAAAGCAGAGAUUACUUGGUUGUUUGGAAUUUUGGUAGCAUUUUUGGAUAUCGCAAGAAAGGAGAUGACAACAAUAACUGGAAGGUGUUUCUACCUUUUAAGCAUGUAGUCUACAUCGAUAUGGUCUUUAAAGAAAACAAGCUUUACGUGCUUAGUUUAACUCGAAAGGUCAGUGUUUAUGAUUUCUCCGGGAAUUGUGCAAAUUUCCCAUAUUUGCCGUUGCGGAAUGAUAUUAUUUAUAUUCCUCCAGGGUCUCAUUACAAAGUUGCUGUCACUUUGUCUGGAGAGGUUUUGAUCAUUUUAGCUAGAGUGGAACCAUAUCCGAGGAUGAGAUGCUUCUUCGACGUCUACAAGAUGGAUCCUAAAUCAUCAGAAUGGAAAAUGAUUAAGUCUAUUGGAGGCGAAGCAUUGCUUUUAGAUCUAGGAAUAAGGGUUGAGGCGAAAGUUAUGAAAAAUUGCAUAUAUUUUAGUAGUGAUCAGUUUCGUAGAUACAAUGGGAAUAGUCUAUGCAAUGAUUAUAACAAUAACGAUAUUCACGUCUACCAUAUUCGAACCGAUCAAGUAGUCCAAGUGUUUGAAGAUCUUACUGCGUCCCCGACGAUACUUUUCAAGGAUGCUCGUUGGUUUUUCCCCACUUUUGGUGGAAACUGGUUGCUUUAAAACUAUCAAGUUUUGUAUUUUGUUAAGGGUGAAUUAGUUUCUUUUAUAUUGUGGAACAAGAGUGUUGCUAGUUCUAAUAAUAAGUAU